GACGGAAGCUCAGUUGGUGUUUCUCCAGAAGUUUCCCCCUUGGGCGGCGGCGCAGCUCUUAACCUCGGUGGUAGCAGCUUUAGCAGCAACAGCGAUCAUUAGGGAUGGCGGCAGCUGCAGCAGGACCUGCAACAGCGCAGAAGUUUUUCCGGAGCUUCUCAGAUGCGCUGAUCGACGAGGACCCCCAGGCGGCGUUAGAGGAGCUGACUAAGGCUUUGGAACAGAAACCAGAUGAUGCACAAUAUUAUUGUCAAAGAGCUUAUUGUCACAUCCUUCUUGGGAAUUACUGUGAUGCUGUUGCUGAUGCAAAGAAAUCUCUUGAACUUAAUCCAGAUAAUUCCAUUGCUAUGCUGAGAAAAGGGAUAUGUGAAUACCAUGAAAAGAACUAUGCUGCUGCUCUAGAAACUUUUGUAGGCGGACAGAAAUUAGAUAGUGCAGAUCCUGAUUUCACUGUCUGGAUUAAAAGGUGUCAAGAAGCUCAGGAUGGAUCACAAUCCGAGGUGUCUGCCUCCCAGAGGACUCAUCAGUCAAAAAUCAAGUAUGACUGGUAUCAAACAGAAUCUCAAGUAAUCAUUACACUUAUGAUCAAGAAUGUUCAGAAGAAUAAUAUAAAUGUGGAAUUUUCAGAAAAAGAGUUAUCUGCUUCGGUGAAACUUCCUUCUGGAGAGGAUUAUAAUUUGAAACUGAGACUUCUUUACCCUAUAAUACCACAACAGAGCACAUUUAAAGUACUUUCAACAAAGAUGGAGUCUGGUGGUACAGUUUUGAGUACCAACUGGUCUGAUGUAGGUAAAAGGAAAGUUGAAAUCAAUCCUCCUGAUGAUAUGGAAUGGAAAAAGUACUAA